AAGACUUGAUCCACACAUUUCUCUAUUCUGACAGACAAGGCACCAAGACGAUGGCAAAGAAACAUCGACGCAAAGCAGCAGCAGAGAAGAAACACAAAGAUAAUCUAGUUUCACAUAAACCUCUCUAUGGCCUGAUGAAUCAGGGAGCGACCUGUUACCUCAACAGUGUCCUGCAAGUUCUCUUCAUGACCACAGAGCUCCGUGGCAGGCUGGAGGAAAAAUCAAAGACCAAAAAAAAAACUGACCGAGCACUGAGAGAGGUGUUUGAAAAGCUGAAGAAGUCAACAUGUGGAACAAAAAACAUCACAGACACUUUUCACAUUACAGAUGUUUAUCAGCAGCGGGACGCAUCUGAAUGUCUGGAGAUGAUUCUGAACAACAUCGAUGGAAUGUUCUCUGAGGUUUUCCGAGGAGAGCUGACGUACACCACAAUAUGUUCUAAAGGCCACAGAAUCAGUUUGGACACCAACCCAUUCUGGACUCUUCCACUGUCGCUCAGUGAUAUUUAUGGUUCCUACUACAGUGUGGAGAAAGGCUUCGAAAUUAUCUUCCAGACCACAACAUUCAGUGGAGACAACAUGGUGUACUGUGAAGACUGUGAAAAGAAAACAGAGGCAACCAGUGGAUGUGAAAUGAAGAGAUUUCCACAGAUUUUAAUUCUGCUCCUCAAGAGAUUUGACUUUGACUACAUCACCAUGUCCCAUUUUAAAUCCAACCGCAGCGUGGACAUCCCAUCUACAUUACAGACGAAGAAUAAACAGUAUGAACUGUACGCUAUCGUCAACCACAUGGGCAGUCUGAGAGGUGGACACUACACAGCCACCGUCCUGUCCAGUGAGGACAAGGCGUGGUAUGAGUUUAACGACAGCCACGUCCAAAAGGUUGGAGAACAGCUGCUUGACAGAACGAAGACUCGCAUCUCCAACACUGCAUAUCUGCUCAUGUACAGAGCACAGAAAGGGAAAGCUGGCAGAGCUACUGAAAACAAGGAAACUCCAAAGGCUGAUGGACAGAAGAAGAAUGGAGGAAGGAUGGAGGAACGCAGGGAACCGUCUCAGAAAAAGGACGAAGACAAACCUGAGGAGGCGUCAAAAGGCAACAGGGACAAAAUGCAUACAGUUAUUGACAUCAGUGAAACGCCUGACAUGAACAUCAACAGGAAACCAACCAUGAAACAACAGAAGAAAGGAGAGAAAAUAACCCAUCCAAAUGCAUGCAGUCCAGCUAGAAUCCAGAGAAGCCCCUAUUUCUUCAUAUGUAUUGUUGUUUACAGUGUAUUCAUAGUAGUGCUGUUGUACUGUUGGGCUGUUGUUUAACUUAACACCUUUGAAGAGGUGAAACACACAACUGAAAAGCCUCAAUGUCUGCGUUGUAUCUGGAUUCAGAAAAGUGACUCAGUUUAUAUAGAUAUUAAAGAAAUACUGAACUGUACUGUACUAUUCUUCCAUUAACACAGGGGCGUCAGACUCAUUUUAGUUCAGGGGCCACAUUUAGUCCAAUAUGAUCCGAAAUGGUCCGGACCAGUAAAAUAAUAACAGUAAAAAAAGUACAAUUACAUUAUGGAAAUGUUUACAUCUGCAAAGUUUCCUUAGAAAUGAAAUGUCUUAAGAAAAUAAGUACGAUUUUCGCA